CAACGAGCUGGGGAACUGUAACCGUCUAUUUCAGCUUCAUCCCUCCUGGCUUCAUUUUCUCUAAUAAAGGUUUGCUAUUUGAUGAAGAAAAUAGGUUUUUGAAAGAUCCCAAAACUCAAGAGGAAACUGAGAACUUAAGAUCAACUAGAAAAUGCUGCGAGUUACAACGCUGAAUCGUCGUUCAUUUAUCAGUUCUCAUUAUAUUUCCACUUCUGACUGAGGAUAUUUUUUGUCAAAGGCUCAGCAGACUUCUUUUUCUCAAUCAUAGUGAUGGAAAGAAGCUUAUUAAUGAAAAUGUAGUUUAAGUUUGAUGGAAUGAUCUUGGAAAUAAGAGCAUGCUUGAGAUUACAUGUGCAGUGUUCAUAUUUCAUAUGCAUACCAAUUAUUCUUCUCUGGACGUCUCUGGCCCUAAUUAAUUGCUCAACCUCUGGAGCUUCCAGCUGUCAGAUUAUAUUUGUUGAAGGAUUAUUGAGACAUUCCUUUUAUUUUCGAGAUUCUUAAACUCCAUCCACAAGCUAUUCCACAGAGAGCUAGAAAUGGAAAAUACAAUCAAAGGGCCAGUAUCAGAGUCUUUAGAGACAGGUGUUUUUGAGUUACCAGGGGAACCUGCUAUUGUUAUUAAUGGGGUGCCAGACAUCUCCCCAAGUGAUGGCAGUCUUAUUCCAUCAAGUACUGCUAGUGAUGCAGAACAGCAAAGAAACACAAGUCUUGAUGCAGAAUUUCUUGGAAAUACUAAUUUUGGUGAAUGGUUGGAAGGAAGGGAAGUUCAAAAGUUGUUUGGGGACCAAUACUUUACUGGUGCUGUGACUCAAUUUGACAAGGAAACUGGUUGGUACAGAGUGGUAUAUGAAGAUGGCGAUUUCGAAGAUCUUGAAUGGCAUGAGUUGGAAGCUGUUCUUGUGCCUUUGGAUAUUACAGUUCCAUUGAAAUCAUUGGCACUGAAAGUCAUCAAGAAGAGCCAGAAAACUGAAAAUGGGAGAAGUGCAUUUGGGCCCAACAUUGGAAAAGCUAAAAGCUUAGCAAGUAAAGAGACUGAAGAUUGAGUCGCACAAAGAAAUUUCACUGCAAGGUCAAGGGAUGGUGAAUACUGAUCUCUGACUCUAUGAAGGAUGUACAAUUUGUAAAACCAAUUAGUAAGAUAAAGAUGAAUCAAACCUGAGAAUGUUGUCUUUUUCAUAGUAAAACUGUUUUACAUUUCUUGUAUAUAUCAUGUGAUGUCAACAAGAACCUUAUAUGUGAUUGCAUAGUUAUAAGAAAAACCAUUAUCUUUUGUGUUUCUGCAA